AGAGAGGGAGAGGAAUAGAGGAAGGAGGGGUUGCAGAGCAGAAGAGAUCAGACAGCGAGGGAGCUGCCAGGGUGAGCACAGAAUGAGGGUGCAGUGGAAGCAGGCAUAAGACACAGCGACACAGGCAACACAAUAGUGCAGAACGCCGCUGGAAACAGAAGAAGGUAGAGCAGGCAUCAUGGCAGCGCUCACUGCAUCAUCUUGGCACAUGGGGAAUUGUGGCUGCUGCUGGUGAAUAUAGUGUGGUGCAGAGGAGAGAGUGGAGAGGACCUCCUGGAAACCAGAAGCAAGAGAAGGAAACAGGUGUGACCAGCGGGACGUCCUGCAGGAUGAGCGGGAUCCUGAAGAGAAAGCUUGAGGAGGAACCCUCCUCUUAUUUGUCGCUGCAGGGUUCAGAAGACGAUGAGGUUUCCUGCAGCGACAGCGGCAACAGCAGCGAUAGUCUGAAUAAUUCGGUCCCCUCUGGAAUCCUGGAUUCCUCUAUCCAGCGGCAGGCAAAGCGACUGCGAGGCCGUAAUGUGCACUUUGAGAGCGUCACUGUGUACUAUUUCACACGGCGACAGGGCUUCACCAGCGUUCCCACACAGGGUGGUAGCACCUUAGGGAUGUCCCCACGCCACAGCGGCGUGAAGCGCUUCACCCUCAGAGAGUUCGCCAUGGAGCAGAAACGGAGCCAUCGGAACAUGCUGAGGGAUCACCUGAAAGAGGAGAAACUCAAUGCCAUCAAACUGAAACUAACCAAGAACGGCACGGUGUCCUCCAUGGAGGCUGAAACUUUGACUCUAGAUGACAUCUCAGAGGACGACCUAGAUGUGGACAACACGGAGGUGGACGAUUACUUCUUCCUCCAGCCUCUGACCACCAGGAGACGACGCGCGCUUCUCCGGGCCUCAGGGGUCCGCCGCAUCGAUGUGGAGGAGAAGCAUGAGCUGCGGGCCCUGCGGAUGUCUAGAGAGGAGUGUGGGUGUCGCUGCCGGGGGAUCUGUGACCCGGAGACCUGUGCUUGCAGCCUGGCCGGCAUUAAGUGCCAGGUAAAUGGAAAUGUGGUGGACCGCAUGUCCUUCCCCUGCGGCUGCACCAAGGACGGCUGCAGCAACAACGCCGGGCGGCUGGAGUUCAACCCGGUCCGCGUGCGCACCCAUUUCCUGCACACCAUCAUGAAGCUGGAGCUGGAGAAAAGCCGAGAGGAGCAGUACCAGCAUCAGCAGACCGAGCAGCAGCUUGUUACCAGUGGCAACGGUUACCAUGGCGACACCCCCUUGAUCCAGCAGCAGCAGCAGCAGCAGCAGCAAACCCCUCAGUCUCUAAAGAUGAGCAAUCCCAUCAUGCACCUCCAGAACACAGGUGAGGUUGAUUUGCAUCUGGACGAAGAUGAGGAAGAGGAUGAAGAGGAGGAGGAGGAGGAAGAUGAUGAAGAGGAGGACGAAGCUUACGAUGACGGCAGCAGUGUUUGCAGCGGGCUGUCGGACUGCAGCACACACAGUCUGGAAACUCUAGACACAGAGGAUGGAGAUGAAGACGAGGAGGAGGAUGAAGAGGACGAGGAGGAGGAUGAUGAAGAUGAGGAUGAGGAGGAAGACUGGGACUGUUCAAUGCAUGGACUGAGCUCCCCCUCAUACUCUGUCCCCCUCCCCUCUGUCCUGAGUUAUACCAACAGCUCACUGGUGAGCCUCAGUACCCCCUUUCACAGCACUCCCCCCAUGCAGCACUAUCAGACGGACGGCUCCAUAAACCCCCCGCCUGCGUUCCUGGGGGAUAACCUGAACGUUACACCCAUGCUCCCCUCAGUCGAAUCUGCUCUGGAGUCGGAAAUCGGCAGCGAACUGCACCGGCAAACAGAGCAGCAGAGCCCCUUCUCUGAGCCCUGCUCACAUGGAGACACGCGUGAGCACAGCGCUGCCCCCAGCGGCACUCCUGACCAGCAACCUCGCUCCACAGGCCUCCAGAAGAAUCCAGGCUGUGACUCACAGGCAGGAGGAGAAGAGGAGCCUGGAGAGGAGCAAGCAGGGCAGGGGAUGCAGGGAGACAUCAGUCAGACAGCAUCAUCAGAGAAUAACUGCUGAGCUGCUGUUAGGACAUCUUUAGACAUGAAAUUGUGAAAAUAUAUUCCUCCUUCUCAGCUUCUUUGUCACAAACACAUGCUUUAAGAUCAAACUAAGUCUUAAUAACAAUAACUGCAACUUGAGUAAAUACAAAAUACAGUUUUCAAAUGAAUUCAUUCUAAUAGGGAGGAAAAAAGGCCAUCCUAUGAGUCACACUUAAGCUGGGUUCCUAUUGGACAAAUUACUCCAAGAGCACAUCAACAACCCAGAACGAAAUUAAUCACUGCAGCAGGGAUGGAGAAUAUGGAAAUGUUUUUACUAACUUUACGGUUACUUUUAGCAAUAACGAGAAAAAUGGCAAUAAAGGGAUUCGGAAAAUUUGGAAGGUAAGGCAUAAAAUAAAAUAAACGUACCCAUUAGAAGAAUGGAUUUGUAUUUACUCAGCUUACCUUUGUCUGUUAUUUAUAUUUCCUGGAUGAUCUGAAACGUUCAAGUGCAACAAAAAACAGUUAAAAACAUUAAGGUGGUAAAUCACUGUAACUAUAAACGUUUGCUCUAUUGUUGAGAAGCAAACGUUGAAGGACUGUCACUUAUUUUGACUCAGAAAGCUCUGCUUUUGA